AUGUACGAGCGUCAGCGGGUUUGGCGUGCCUGUCAGGCAUGUCGCCGGAAGAAAGUAAAGUGUGACGGCGAGCAUCCGUGCGAGAGCUGCACUCGCAACCAGGCCGAGUGCGUCUACGUUGAGCCGUCCAACAACAUGAGGAUGGUGGAUCAGCGAUAUCUCAUGAAACUCGAGAGCCAGAUCCAAGUGAUGGAAAAGAGAUUACAUGAGCACUCACAAGCACAGCCAUCAGCCAGCCAAGCCGGCCAAGAUGUCCAAGUAGGCCAGGAAGAUCAAGACAGCAGAAGGGUAAUGCUUCCAUCUGCACCUCGUCUGAUGGCCGCGACCGUGUCUGAUAGCCAUAAUGGUAAUCGUGGUCCUUGUUCUCUUCUCGACCAUGCGGGAGACGGUCUCGACGAAGACCCUGAGACCCAGCACGUGGAAGACGUGGCUGUGCAGCCGCAGCACCUAGAGCCACCUGCAAUCGACGUGACCCAAUUGCCGGAGCCACUUCUGCGGCUCCUGAUCGACCUUUUCUACCGCUCUAUCUAUCCCAUAUUCCCCAUUAUCAGCCAAUGUGAUUUCCAGCCACAAUAUGAUCACUGGUUAUCGGCUCGCCAAAGCAGCCGUGUCAGCGAAGAUGACGAAUUCUUGCUGCUCUUAUAUGCGCUGCUCGCCGUGGCAUCCUUUUUGCUUCCAGCAGAACACGCUAUCUUUGACCAACAUGGCCUAAAAGCUUACAAACAUGUGGACCUUGGAAAUCUGCUAUACUCUCAUGCGAUUCCCAAAUACCCGGAACCGCCAUCUGGGCAGGACGCAACGUCAGCCACCAAUUUCGUCGUUGCCCAGGGCCUUGUGACUCUCUAUCUCACCGAGUGUGGCAAAGUGAACGACGCUUGGAUCAGAGUGGGCCAUGCGAUCCGGCUAUAUCAAGCAUUGGAUCUUGAUAAUGGUGUGGAUGCGGCGGCGGAAGUCAACGCGACCAGCAGCUUACAUGGCAACCUUUGGUGGUGUUUAUAUAUUCUGGACCGCUCCCUGUCGACAGUGCUCCUCAAGCCCCUGGCGAUCGAUAAUGCCGAAAGCAACAUAGAUCCAUAUGAUGGGCAGAGACAGUCGACUUGGAGAUCGGAAGACAAGAUCGAUCCUUGGUUCCCAGUCAUUGCCGAGUUUCAUAUCAUCUUUGGCCGUAUUUACAAGUCCGUGCGGUGGAUUCGCAGAUGCCAUCCAUCCCAGAAUACCGAGCUUGGGGAUAAUGAUACGCUGCGGUCAAACAUGAAGAAGUACGAUAUCGAGCUCGAGAGGUACUACACUAAGCGGGUCCUGCCUAGAAUGCAAGGGCCCCAUGGCACGGCCCGACCGCUUGCAUUACAGAACGUUGCAGAGUCGUCCUACUAUAUUGGACUUGUUCUCCUUUACCGCACAUUUAUUGAAAAACUCAAAAUUGAGGAGCCUGAAGUGUUUCUACGCUGCGCUGAGGCCGCAUCAAGCUGCAUCAGGGUCACCCCGCAAGUGAUGGCAACUGUGCCUGCCUGCCACUUUGUGAUCCAGCAGUGCCGGGCGGUCUAUAUUAGUACCAAAGUUCUCUUACACUGCAUGCGCUUGGUAAAGAAUACAGGCUACACCAACAAUGCCUGGCCAGAUGUCCAGAGAGGCUGCGACAUCUUACGAAACAUCAAAGUUCAGUGGCCAGAGAUCAAGAGAUAUCAAAAGCUCACCGAAGAAGAUAUGUGUCGGACGCAGAUCCAUCUCAGCAAGCACGAGCUGUUCCAUAGAGUGUUCGACAGAUAUGGACAGGAAAGUCAUUUAAAGCCAUCGGGAGACAGCGGAACGAAUCACAGUUCGCUGCGCAGAACUGGUACCAGCCACAGCAACAGUGUGCACCACUGUCUACCAAUGCCCGCCGACGACACCACUUAUCGACGCAGAGACCUAGUGAACAAUGCCCCUGAAGCGGACCUAACGAGAACACCACAAAGCCUCAUAUCGCAUAACAAUGGGCAGGAUUCACGAUGUCCUGAAAAGCAACCAAAGCGGCGCAGGCUGUCGCAAAAUUUCUAUGCUCCCCCUGUUCCCUACACACACUGUGCACCAAACACGCCGCCCACACUCUCCGAGACCGACAGAUCGUCUAUGCUGGACACGACAAUUGGUCCCAGUGAAUUCCUCCUACCCGACAUUCCUCCUCUGCCACCCGUCCCGGGAGAUUCGCCAUCUGACUUCCUUGAAGAUACUAUGCUAAUGUCAUCCUUUGACCUAAUCUUCACACAUGCGGAAUGA